GAAAGUGAGUUUGGCUGACAACUCAAAGAAGAACAGCAUGGAUUUGAGGUUACUCUAUGGAGUAGCAUAUAGUGAGUCUUGGUUUGGUCGAUGGGGCUACAGAUUCGGGCGUGGAACCUUUGGUGUCACUCAACAAAUGUACCAAAACGCCAUUGAAGCAAUCCAAAACAUACCAUUAAACUUCUUUCUUCCUUAUCAUCAUCUUGGCAGUUCCAAUAUUGAAGUUAUCCCAAUUUUAUUAUCAAGAUAUCAAACACUUUCUGGCCAUUCCUUGGUGACAUUAGGCCAUUUGUUCCGAUUCAUGUUUGAGCUAAAACUCCGACUUCCAAAUGAUGGUUUUAUUGAUGCAUCUAACAACAGGGGGAUGUUGGUGGACACUGCUUGUAGAUGGUCUCCUAAGCGAGUUGAGAUGGCUACUCGUGUGAUCGUUGAAUCCCUCAAGAGAGCUGAAUUUCGGUGGGUUUCAAGGCAAGAAAUUCGUGACAGCGCUCGUGNUCAAUGA